UAGGUGGAAAAUAAUAACAAACACAUAACCUCAAAGUACAUCGUUAAUUGUUGUUUGCUUAAAGAUGUUGUAUUAUUUAUAAGUGACAGCACAUCAUCAAUCUAAAUUUCGUUUUUCUCCUGCAGACUAUGCAUAAAUUAGAGCGACAAACGACAUUUUAAAGAGUGUUUUCCCCCUAGACUAGAGUCGGCCAUGUUAGUCUUCUGAGAAAUACUCUAUAGUGCAUGUAUCGUUUUUAUCAUUGUGGACCCGUGGUUCACAUUUCAUUCUGUAUUUUCAUUCAGUGCUAAUGAAGUUACAUCUAGUCAUCUAAAUUAUAUGUAAAGUUGUUUAGAAAAGAAAAUAUUUAUGCCCUUGUUAUUAUAUUACGUAUUUCUUAUUAUUUAAUUUUAUUUCUGAAAGGUCCUAUUCAUAUAUAGCCACAUUCAGUGAUUUGCAGACUGUCUAAGAAAAUAGUAUAUAUUUACAAUGAAUAGUAGUACUUGAAGAUGUUUCAUUGGAUGUCAUCGUAUUAUUGUGCAUUUUUUGUGGUAUUAAUAAAUAAUUCAAUGCUAAUAACAUUUUACCCAAAGUCUGGAAGUUGAAUAAACACUCCUUUGAUAUUGGAUUGAGAUUUUUAUCGCUACUGCAUUUUAAGAAAAUAGUCCAUAUUUUGUAUCUUCUUAGAGGCAUGUAGUUUUUAUUACUUAAGAGAACUAGGUACCAAGGCUCCUAUUCUCUUCAAUCUUUCAUUCAUAAUAUAAGACUUGAAAGUUUAAUGACGCUGAAGAUGCAAUUGCAAGUGUGGAAAUUUCUUUUCAACCAUCAGAUCUUUGAAUUUUAUUGUCUUUUAAAAGGCAGAACCCUUGAAAAGUGGUAAGAAGUGAAAUAAAGAUUCCAAAGAAAACUAUGCUGUCGGAUAAGAGUGAAAGAAAGGCUGAAAUCAAGAACAAGAGUCAGCGACAUCUGCCGGGAGUUGAAAAUGUUGGAAUAAUACCAGACACUGAUAAACAAAAUAACACUUCAACAAAUUUGAAUGAUCGAUUGGGUGAUACAGAGGAUAAGAUGACUUUGCGGAACAAACGUAAAACAUCUGUAUAUUCUCUUUCAGAUUUUGAUAAUAGUGAGAACACAAAUAGAUUAGAUUUUAAGGGCUCAGAGGGAGGUGAAACCCAGAAGGGUUUGUCCGAUAAAAAUGUAAAUCCCAAGGAUGUGUACAUAAGCAAACUAGUUUCUCCUAGAAAAACUUCGGUUAAUUCGACAACGCAGGAAAUACAGGCUGAAUCUAUAGAAUCGUACGGAAACAGUUGUAUAAUUUCUCCCGACGAAUACGUUCUGGAAACCAUACCGCAGUCGCAGGAAGAAGGCACAAAUAAUGAGAAAUCUGAUAGAAGAAGAAUAAAAAGUACACGGUUCGUAACUUCCAGCAUCAUUGGAGACGAUGCUGAACUAGAAGGCAAGGAGUUGGAGAGUCAGAAGGAAGAAUUAACCAUAUACCAAGUAGACGACAAUGGAACGAGUAUCAGUGACAUUGUAGCGACCCAAGCUCUUCAUGAAUCUCUAACUAAAAUGGGCAAAGUACUUCACUUAAAUUCACAAAUUCACAUUGAAGCAAUGGAUGAAAAGUCGAAUCCAGACGACGAGUCUCAGAAGGAUGUGGUCAUCCACGAUGAAUCAGUGGAAGGCUUCAUAGGUCCUCUUCUCGAUGAGAAUUUUAAAGUAGAUGAGAAACUUGAACAGAAAACAAUGGGUAUGGAUGAAGUUAGGAAUCUGUUAAUGAAAGUCAAAGUACAAACUGUUACUAAUAAUGAUGACGACGAAGAAAAGGCAAUAGCAAUAUCUCCUGAUGGAAGAUUUUUAAAGUUUGAAGAAGAAAUUGGACGUGGCAGCUUUAAAACCGUUUUCAGAGGACUCGAUACUCAAACUGGAGUUGCAGUAGCUUGGUGUGAGUUGCAGGAAAAAAAGUUAAAUAAAGUGGAAAGAUUAAGAUUUAGAGAAGAGGCUGAAAUGUUAAAAGGAUUGCAACACCCGAAUAUUGUACGAUUCUACGAUUAUUGGGAAGUUACAUUGACUCGUAGAAAAUAUAUAGUUUUAGUUACAGAACUCAUGACGUCAGGAACUUUGAAAACAUAUUUAAGGCGUUUUAAAAAAAUUAAUCCGAAAGUAGUUAAAUCUUGGUGUCGACAAAUUCUCAAAGGAUUAAUGUUUCUACAUUCGAGAUCUCCUCCCAUCAUUCAUCGUGAUUUGAAAUGCGAUAAUAUUUUUAUUACCGGCACAACUGGCAGUGUAAAAAUUGGUGAUUUGGGUUUGGCGACACUAAAGAACCGCAGUUUCGCAAAAAGUGUCAUUGGCACUCCAGAAUUCAUGGCACCGGAAAUGUAUGAGGAACAUUAUGACGAAUCUGUAGACGUUUACGCUUUUGGAAUGUGCAUGUUGGAAAUGGCUACCAGCGAGUACCCAUAUGCAGAGUGCACUGGUCCUGCUCAAAUUUACAAGCGCGUUGUCUCGGGAGUGAAACCACUGAGUUACGACAAAGUAGAAAACCCUGAAGUACGAGAAAUUAUAGAGAUGUGUAUUCGGUUGAAAAAGGAAGAAAGACCAUUAGUCAAAGAUCUUCUUAAUCACGAAUUCUUUGCCGAUGAUGUUGGUUUGAAAUUAGAAAUGGUCUCGAGAGAUUCAGCUGUUGCAGAAGCAGAACUCGCAAGAGUGGAAUUCAGACUCAGAGUAUUAGAUCCAAAGAAACGAAGUAACAAGCAUAAAGAGAACGAAGCGAUACAAUUCGAUUUUGACAUUCAACAAGAUAAUGCAGAGGAAGUUGCAUCCGAAAUGGCAAAGUCGAGUUUGAUUCUUGAAGAAGACGCUAAAGUAGUAACAAAAAUGUUAAAGUCUCAGAUAGCUGGCCUAUUACGUGAGAGAGAAGAACGUCGAGUGAAAGAAGAGAAAGAGCGUUUGGAUCGUGAAACGGAAUCAGCGACAGAUACCAUGCUUCAAAAUAAUUUAUUACUACAACAAAUGCAAAUGCAACAACAACAGCAACAACAACAACAGCAGCAACAAGUUCAAUCCACUUUAAAUAUUCAGGUUCAAAGUCAAGUUGGUUUGCAGCCACAAAUGCAAGUGCAAGGACAACAAAAUCAGGUUCAGCAAGGCGUUCAAUCCGGUCAGCAGCUUAAUCUUCAACCGCAACAGGUUCAAAUGGUGCAUCAACAACCUUUACUUCAACAUCAGACGUCAGUUGUGCAGCCUCAGCAAGCUCAACAAUUGCAACAGAUUUCCAACAACUCGCAACAAGUUCAAUAUCAAUUACAACAACAACAGCAACAACAAUUAUUUGAAACUAUUGGGCAAACUUCGUCUCAAUGCUCCACUCCUCAGAAUAUCCAACCUCAGCCCCAGUUUGGACAAAUGCCACAGCACUUGCAACAGGCACAAAACUACAUUCAAAUGAAUGUCACACACCCUUUACCUCAGAUUCAACAGCAGCUUCCAGGCGUUCCGCAACAGAAUCAACAAAAUAUCCAUCAACAAAUGCAACAGAAUCAACAAUUGCAACAGAAUCAACAAAUGCAACAGAAUCAACAGUUGCAACAGAAUCAACAAAUGCAACAGAAUCAACAAUUGCAACAGAAUCAACAAUUGCAACAAAUGCAACAGAAUCAACAGUUGCAACAGAAUCAACAGUUGCAACAGAAUCAACAAUUGCAACAGAAUCAACAGUUGCAACAAAAUCAACAGUUGCAACAGAAUCAACAGUUGCAACAGAAUCAACAAGCUGCGCAGUAUUCACAGGCACAGUUGCAACACAUGCAGCCGCUUAUUCCCAAUCACGGCGCACCCUCAUCAGCUAUGCAAGGACAAGCCUACUAUCAAACGGCUCCCAGCACAACAACCGCCUACUCGAAUCCACCGUUUCAGCAAAAUACAUCGCAACAUAUUUAUCACGGAUUCUCCUCUACUCCGACGUCUACCGCUCACAUAGACAUUAUGCCCAUGCAAACCAAUCAACAAGUAUUUUCUCACUCCACUUCUUCUGGUAAUAACAUUGACGUUCCAGCCACGACGUACGCAAUUAGUCACCAGCCGAUGCAAAUGCAAGUAACAUCCACUCCAUCUAGUGCACAAUUUUCUGUCUCUAUUGCUGAUAUGAAUGCUCAACAAUCUUCCGCAAUGAGCAACGUCCAGAGUUCAAUGAACAGCCUACCAGCCAACAGUCAUCAGCCACACCAAGCUCCUCUGACGCAGAUACAACUUCCUCUUAAUACCAAUGCAGUUCCAACGCCAAUAAAUAUACCCCCUUCGACACAAACAAUGAUUGUUGAGCAGCAAUUAAAUUCCCAACACCUUCAGGCACCAGAAACUUUUCCAGAGGCUUCUAAUUUGCUCAAAGUAGAAGCAACAGACUCACAGCAUGUGGAUCCGUCCGUCAUUGCGCAUCACGAUACUACUGUAUCAUUGGAAGGACAGCAAUUUGUUCCAACUACUGAAGGAGUGAAUAGUGAAAAUUCAGAAAAUGUUGUCUUAUUAGAAAAAUGUAAAAUAAAAAGGUCUGCAACGAAGCGGAAAAAGCCUGGGAUCAAGUUGACUGUACUGUCGGUCAGUCAGGUCGAAGGUCAAGCAGUCACUGUAGAAUGUCAGCUUGAUACAAGUAAACAGAAAACUGUAACUUUUAAAUUUGAUCGUGAUGACAUGGUACCUACGGAUAUCUCCAAUAACUUGAUUGCUGAAAAUCUUCUGCCGCAAUCUCAGUGCGAGACGUUCAUAGAAUUAAUCGAAGACAUUGUGAAGCAGUUGCGUUUGGACCCUUCACACAGUUUACCUUUGGUGGCACAUGGACCACCGGACCAGUCUGCAGGCGGCAGUCCUGUUACGAGCCGCAGGCCUAGAGAUCGUGAUCAAAAUGUCGAUUCUACAAAGGUGAGACAUGGCUCGUUAACUCGUCAAAGCAACUACCGUUCUUCGUAUAAAGUUCAUCGCAGACAUCGUUCGAGAGAUGAAACCUCCAACUCAUCAACGCCAAUAAAAUUGUUUGCCAUCGACCAAAUUUUAUCUCAAAUCACAAGUGCUGCUUCAAAUAAGCAGCAGAAUAUUCGUAAUUCUAAAAGUCAAUCGGGUCUAUUCGACGGUCGAAGGCGCUCAUCAGCAUCUACUCAAAAUAAUGAUAUUUUAUUGCCGUCUAAUAUGUCAAGUAACUUGACUGUAAGUGAUGAAAAUUUGCAGUGUCCUACCAGAGAUUCUAUUGCAACUUCAAUUCCAACAAGUGCAGGACCUUCCCUUCCUGUGGAAGCAACGUCAAUUGAUAUGUAUCCUCCCCUAAAUGAUGUCACUGAUAAUACGCCAGUACAAUGCAAUGAGUUAAACGGUGAAAACGAACAAACUUUAGUUUUUUCUGAUGAAACGCCAAGUAGAGAAAUUAAGGUUGCAGAAUCUGAUGAAAAUAAAGCAAAUAUCGUGCCGAAUAGAAAAAUUUCUCGCUUCUUAGUUAGUCCAGUGUUUGAACAAAAUACUAAUGCAGAUCAAGAGAGAAUAAAUAACCGAAGAGAAAGCGUGGAAGUAUUGGGUGUUUCAACCUCAGUAGAAAUUACAGAUCCUGCAAACACAGCUCCUGAGGUAAGAUUAAAAGAGACCGAUAACAAUGAAGUUCAAAUUCCUGUGGUUGGACAAUUAAAUAAUACUCAACACAAUCAAGUAAUUGAUCCGCAAUUUUAUCACACGACGGAAGCCUCUUUUAAUGAUGUGGAAGCACAAGUGGAGACAUUUAUUGCUCGUCCAGUAGGGAAUCAAUCGCAAAUCAUCAACAAUGCCGAGCAACUUUUUGAACAAGGGUCUAUAGAAACACAAUUGGAAGUGCCAGUCGCGCCGAGUCAUACUAUUGAAACUAUGAAUCCAAUGUUUCAAGCAGCAGACAAUAGUAUGUUUGUUCCUCAGACAAUUAGUAAUCAAAGUGUAAUGCAGCAGUACCCGCUACCGCUUCAGCAACAAGAUAUUCAUCAAGCGCCUCAAGUGAAUAAUAAUUUGCUAGUCCUUCAACAAUUACAACUUCAACUUGUCAAUGAAGAAAAAAAUAGAAGAAUUUCCAAUCAUUCUAAUACAUCAAACUUGUCCAGUGAUUCCCAAUUAUCCGAAAUGUCGUUUACAUCCGACGAUAGAAAAGUCACUUCAGUUUUGCCCAAUACCCCAGUUAUGCCAGUUCAGCAGAGUCAAUUUUUGCACCAAGAUAUUUCCAAUAAUUCACUAUCUCCCCACAUGAAUAUCGGAGAACUUGCACAAUCAACUGUAAUUCAUCAGAGUGCUCAGCCUAUUGCUCAGCCUAUUGCGUAUCCUGCUCAGUCCGCAGUACCUUCUGAGCCGAAUUGUAAAGCCAAGGCGAAGGAAGUCUCGUCCACAUUUCCUGACUUGGCUCAAAACUUGGCCAAUAUUCUCUCGAACCCCAAGUCCAAGUGUGUCACGCCUCAUGCUGGCAGCAGUCACGAGCAGAACUUGAAUUCUACUGCAACCAUUGUUCUUGCUGAUUAUAAACCACCAAUUCAGUCAGAGCAGUACUUUCAACCCAUUCAUCCAGACGUCAAUUUACAAAGCUUUCCAGGUCAAAAGUGUGUACAAGGUUCAGCAGGUUCAGCAGGUUCAGCAAGCUUUCCGCAAAAUGUGCAGAUUUCUCAAGCAAAUAAUCAAAUUCCCGUUCAACAUUCCUUACCAUCUCAGCAAUCAGUUGAUGCGGCCAAUCCAAAUGUUUUACAAGGCCAGUCUCUUGGAACUGAUAUCUCUGCACAAAAUCAUUGGUCAGGCUCUUCCUAUGGGUCAACGAUAUCUCAAAAUUCGAUUCAAUCUCAGUCAAUCGAUCCAGCCCAUUUGAAGCAAAACCAUUCUUUUAUACAGCAAGUUCCUUCUUCAGUUCAGACUCAAAUACAGGCAGAAAGCAUUGACGAUCAGCACCAAUCGCAACAAAAAUUCCAGGAGGAUGCGAAUUUCUCAAAGUUAAAUGAAGUUGAAGGCGGUCUAGAUUGCAACAUUUUAAGCAGGCGUACGAGUUCUGAAUAUCAAAUGCUGUCUUCAGAAAACGAAACAUCAAGUAUUGAUAACACUCCAGAACAUACACUGAUGGGAUCUACUGAUUGUGUUACAUUAGGUCAUCAACAACCAAUUCAUCAGCAACACAGAAAACUCAGUCAGCAAAAUUCUUUGGACAAAAUAUUGGAUUUGAAUUCGGGAGGUCCGCAAACGAUAGCUGAUUUACAACAUAAAUUACUUCAGUUAACUAGUCAACCAUCAGAGUCAUUAAUUAUGAGUACACCACCUUUAAGUCAACCGGACACUCCACACAGUUAUAACAUGGGUCCGCUUUCUCCGCAGACAGGUUCACUUUUUUCUAUUGGAGAAUUUAAUUCUGGACAAAUGCAAACAAAUAUUACAAUAGAAGCAGAUCAAACAUCACAACCUACGUCAUCAAAUCAACCCGUUAGAAAAAUUUCAAGGUUUAUGGUUUCCAAAGUAACUGAACCUUCAAGUGAAGAUUGUACCACAAAUGCGCAAGCAAAUGUAAAUCAGCAAAUGCUGUUAACACCAAUAGAUGGAAAUAAAAUCAAUUGUAGUAGCGGUUCCACAGAUCAAUUGAGUGGAUCUUCAAUAACAGUAACUCACAAUAAGAAUGAACCAGUGAACAGUAACAGUGAUUUAACUAGUCAACAUAAUUUAAAGGUUGAAACGGAUGAGGCCAAUCCAUUUUUGACUCAUACUGAACAGUAUCAGUUGCUGAUAAAAAGGCAAACAAUUGAACUGGAGGAGCUUCAGCACAAACAUCGAAUGGAGUUAGAAAAUUUUCAGAAAUAUCAAUUACAGUUACUUACGCAACAGCAUCAACAACAUUUAUCCAAUAAUGCGCAACAUCAACAGCAAUCCUCAUCACCUCACUCAUAUUUUGCAGGUCAAAUAAAGUCUCCUGGCACUAGCGAAAACAUAUUAUUAAAAAGCAAUCUACAAACACCCAUGAAGACGAGUGUAAGUGAUUCGAUUGAGAGAGAAGAGGCGCCAAAGCAGGAUUUGCAACAAAAUUCUGAUGCCUCGCGUGCUUUAGUUCAACCAGAAAUACACACUGGCGAAAUAAUUAGGACUGUAAAUAAUACGAUUUCAAAUCAAGUAAUGCAUAUAAUGCCAGAAGACUCAAAUAUUGAAAAGAAAACUAAUGUUGAGUCAUUUCAAGAUAUAAGUUCAUCUAACUCCUCCGCUUUUACUUCAGAUGAAAGAAUCUCUCAAGCUACUGAUUAUCGAAAAUUACCUGCAUCUCAAGAAAGUUUCCAAAUGCAACCGACGACAUAUUCUGUUUCCAACUCGGAAAAUGUACAUAAUGUUACGACGCCCGAAGAAAUGACGCAAAUUAAUUCUAAACUCAUACAUUUUAAUUCUUCCGAGCUCGAACAAUAACACAAUAUUACAUUGACGUUUUAUGUUCAAUUAACAGAUUAUUAUCAAUUAUUUCAAUGUUACUUUGGUAAUGAAUGUCUUACAUUACCGUUACAAUUGUCAUCAAAAAUGUUUUAUUAUUGUUGUAUGGUAUUGUCACUCAGAUAUAUAAAGGUUAUUAUUAUGUUUAUUACAA